GACUUAUUGUCGUACUUCCAACAUCCAGUUAAAUGUAUCUUGUCAGUAAAGGUGUUAAAGUAUUGGAUAAUGAAUAAAUUUGCAAAAAUUAUCAAUAAAAUAUAUUAAACAGGUCAAGAUCUAAAUAUGAAGAGGUUUCUGAUUUUAGUUUUGUUCUUAAAAUGUGUAAAUUUACAACAGCCGAUUUUUAAUCCUAUAAAUACAGCAGAAAUAUCACAAGCUGCUCGCUAUUUUCAAUCGCAAUUACCGAUUCUUCAGGCUUCAAUUCCUUUAACAAAGCGAUUAGCAGGGAAUUCAGACCCAAACAAUUGUUUUCCUUUCUGCAACUUGCCCAAUUUUGGUGGAGUAAGUGAUGAUUUAGCUAGUCUUCAAACUAUUAAACCAGAAGAUAUAAGAGCAUAUCAAGAACGAGAACGUGAUCCACCGACAACUUCUGCCUCUUUUAUUAUACAACCAAAUAUUCCUGCUACACGCCGACCAUCAUUUAAGUAUCCAGAAAUUAAAAAUUCUUUAAAUGGUCCAAAUUAUCUGUUAAAGAAUGUCGGAGGUCCAUACGGUGGGGGUCUAGGACUUCAAAACGUAUAUGGAAAAUAAAUAUGUUGAAAAAUAAUCGGAACUUAUUAUCAGCUUUAAAUAAAGUUUUUUGCACAUUUUCA